UGAGCUCCAGUUGCAUCGUCUUUUUUAUCUCAGCUAUUGGCGGGCCUUUUUUUUCCUCUCCACUCUGGGUUUUCUCUUUCUUUUUUUUUCCCUUUGAAUCCUUCUUUUUCAAUCCAACAUGAACUCGGAAAUCAAGAACGCCAUUGCUCACACUAUCAAUAGCCACAGUGAGGAACUUCGACAGAUCAGUCUCCAGAUCCACGACCAUCCGGAGCUCGGCGAACACGAGUUCAAUGCCUACCGCAUCUUGACAGAAUUUCUCCAACAGAAAGGCUUCCACAUCACCCACCAUGCCGCUGGCAUGGAAACCGCAUUUAUUGCCGAAUACUCCAAUGGCACCGAAGGACGUCGCGUUGGCUUUUGCAGUGAAUAUGACGCUCUCCCAGGUGUGGGCCACGGUUGCGGACAUAACCUGAUUGCCAUUUCCGGAUUGGCCUGCGCAUUGGCUGUCAAGGACCUUUUGGAACAGAAUCUUGUCAAAGGUACCGUUGUCUUGUUCGGUACUCCCGCCGAAGAAUCCACCAGUGGCAAAAUCACUUUUGUCCGCGAGCAAGAGGUGCAAAAGCGUGUGGAUUUCUCCAUGAUGCUCCAUCCUUUUGCCAAAGACGGCAUGUUUGCUCCUUUCUUGGCUCUCGAUUCUCUCAAGGUGGAAUUCUUUGGCAAGGCUUCGCACGCAGGCAUGGCUCCCUGGAAUGGCGUCAAUGCUCUGGAUGCCUUGAUGCAAGCUUAUGAUAACAUUGCCAUGUUGCGUCAGCAGAUCUUGCCAAGCAGCAGAAUCCACGGUAUCAUCAAAGAUGGUGGCAAAUCCGCUAAUGUGAUUCCCGAUUAUGCUUCUGGAGCGUUCUAUGUGCGAUCCGCCACUCGCAAGCAGCUUGCUGAGCUUAAAGUCAAGGUGGAGAAAUGCUUCCAGGCGGCGGCUCGUGGUACUGGCUGCGAAGUGAAACUCGCAUGGGCCCCCAAUGGUCCCGUCGAAGAUGUUUUCCAGAACGAGCCGAUGGCUGCUAUCUACCAGCAGUUUAUGGAGGAAGAAGGCCGUCAGUUCCCCGACCGUAAUGAGGAAAUGAGACAAGUCAGCGGAAGCACCGAUAUGGGCAACUUUAGCUAUGUCACUCCCACCAUUCAUCCUAUGUUCGGUAUUCACACCGAUGCCACCAACCACACGGUAGAGUUUGCUCAGGCGGCUGGAACCGAGAUUGCUCAUAAGGAUACCCUUUGUGCUGCCCGCUGUCUCUCGCAAACCGCGGCAGCUGUGUUGUUGGACGAUGCGCUUUAUAAUGAAGCGGUGAAAAACUUUAAGCAAGGAAAGCCCGAGUAGAAUUUUCAUGACCAAAAAUGCUCAUGGCAAUUAUAAAAAUACCAACUGUAACUUUAUAAAAAAAAGAAGAAGGAAA